AUGGACGCUGCCGACACCACAGCAGCAGCGCCCGCUGCCUCGGCAGUACAACCUGACCACCAACUCUCCCCUACUCCGCAAGACUCGCCUCCGUCGCUUCGAGAACCGUCACUUAACACGUCGGAACCCUCGUUAAUUGAACCUGAAACCCAACCAAGUACUCAGGAAGCUCCAGCCCAAGUAAAUGACCACCAAGACACUGAGAACCAAGAACAGUCUAAUACCACUGAGCAAGACACUAAUGAAGAAUCAGCACCGCAGGAGACUACUGCCACUGAAGCGAAUGCCCCGAGUGAUAUGGUUGUUGACUCUGAAACUAAGGAGGCCUCAGAGGAUGUUCCCUCCAACGAUGCUUCGGCUCCAGUGCUGGCGUCAUUCGACCAGUUUGCUGACUCUGACGAUGAGAAUUAUGAACCGACAUUAGAUCCACCGGCCACUGAUUCUACUCCUGCUCCUGGUGGGUUACCGCCUCGUCCUCAAGUGGACCUGCCGUCGCCUGCCCCUACUCCUCCCUCUGCUGCUGCUGCUGCUGCUUCAAUUCCUCAACGACUGGAGUGGGUGGCUUGUUUGUUAAACUACUGUGACCCUUUGGUAGCGGACGCCGUCAAUGCUCACCCGUUGAAACAGACUUAUUUCGAGAUUCUCAAAUUACCUAAUAUUGACUCGCCUCAGUUCGAUACGUUGACUCAAUCGCAACAGGUGGACUUGAUCGUCAACGAGUACCGCUCCCGUGUGGCAGACUUUGACCUGUGGAACUUUAACCAGCUCUACUCGUAUAAUAAGCCGUUCAGAUUCAUUCGCAACCCAAUGCCGAUGAUCCCAUUGAACAAACACUGUCGCCGUCCUAACAUUACGUUAGCGGCUACCACUGAAGAGAAUGAAGCAUUCGAUAAGUUCUCUCGUGAAGAGGACCACAACAAGUAUAAUAGCCAGUACCCAGAUCAUCUGCGGUUGUUUGUGGGUAACUUACCGGCGAAUACGGUCCCCAAACCUGAGUUAUACCGCAUAUUCAGCCAGUACGGUGAAGUGGUGGAAAUCACCGUGAAGGCCGGGUUCGGCUUCGUUCAAUUUGCCACGGCGGAAGCGUGUGCUGCUUGUAUUGAAGGGGAAACCAAUGUCCCCCUCCACGGCCGUAUUUUCAGACUUGACGCUCUGAGAGCUCAACGUUACCGCAACCAAACAUUUGACACGGAAAUUGUUACUACUCCGGCGAAACCUGAAGCAAUCGUGUUGGUGUUGCCUGAUGCCGAUAAUGAGGCUGUGGACAAGUUGUCUACUUCGUUAACCAACGCUCAAAUCAUGUUUGAAACCCGCCAGUUGGGUGAGGACAAUUUGCAAGAUGUGAUCGCCGACAUUGCCUACCUGGGCGUUUCUGGUUGUUGCAAAGUCGGUACUCAAAUUGAUCUCCAAACGUUUGAAGCCACUGAAGACGAUAGUGUCCGUUUUGACGAAUAUGAGGGCGUGGACGAUACCCAAGUAGUGGAUAUUUUAAAGCAAAUGAAGCUGAAGAAGCAGGAAAAGCAGGGCUCCUCUCAAUUGCCCCAGAGACCCACCGUGCCUUCAUCGCUUCCUGCUCAGCCCCAAGUGAACUCCCCCAGCUUCCAACCGCCUCAGACUAAUCAGCAGAACAUUCCCUAUGGCCAAACUCAGCCUCCCAUUGCUCCUGCCUACGGUCAACCAGUGCCUCCACCGGCUGCUGGUUACGGCCAACCGCCUCAGCCUGGCUAUGGAGCUCAACCACCGCCUCCUCAACCAGGCUACGGACAACCGUAUGGUCAACAAUAUGGACCCCCUCAACAAGGCUACGGUCAACCGCCUCAACCGGCUUACGGAUCGUACGGCCAGCCCCCGCCUCCGUCUAAUUACGGACCCCCUCAACCGGGAUACGGUCAACCUCCCCAGCCAGCAUACGGUCAGCCGCCUCAACCAGCAUAUGGGCAACCUCCUCAACCAGGUUAUGGACCGUCUAAUUAUGGCCAGCCGCCUCAACCAGGGUACGGCCAGCCUCCUCAGCAAGGGUACGGUCCCCAAGGGUACGGACAACCUCCUCAGCCGGCUUACGGUCAAAACCCUGCCUACCCUCAACCGGUGGGGCCUAGAGGCAACAAUGACUACGAUGACGACGGCUACCGCUACGGACCUCUGCAAUAUGGAAAUCCUCCCGUGGAUUCUAACUAUGGUGGUGGUGGUAAUAACAAUUAUGGCAAUGACCAAGGCCGGUACCAGCCUCGCUACCAGCGUCAGAACAAUAACAAUGAUGGGCCUAUGCCCUAUAACAUCGGUGUCAGUGGCUACCGUCCUAAUCGUGGUGGCCGUAACCGUGACCGGGGCAAUAAUCGCUACCAUCCCUACCGCAACACUUCUGGUAGUGGUGCUGGUUCCGGUAGUACGCUCCUGGGACUGUCCAAGUACGACCGCUACAAUCAGCAGUACCAGCAACUGCGCCAGUCGCAACCUUCGGAAACUAGCCAGCUGGCCCUGUCGCUGUCGCCUCAAUCCUCUCAAGCUGAGCCUGCUCCCAACGCGGAGCCGGCAGCCACCACUCAGGAUGCUUCCGGCUCCGACGCUCCGUCCCUGGUGGUGGACUCCAUCGCCAAACUUGUAAGAAAAUAA